GACGUAAAGUGCCCCUCGAGCCCCGCCGAAGCGAAGCAUGCCGCUCACACACAAACCCCACAGAGGCCGCAGUGGAGUGGUCCAGCAACACAAAGUGUCCUUCCCACUCACAGUGCACACAAACACAAUGACAGUCUCACAUGCUCAUGUCAGAGAGGCACUGCGGCAUUUACUAAAAUGUACACUAAGUCACACACCUGCAGAGAGGAACAGAAAAACAAAAAAAAAGAACAACAACAACAGGAUACCAACAGCACACAAAGCACUCACAAUACAACAAUCACAGGUGCCACUCCCAUCAGAGAAAAUCAUUCACACACACCAGCACAUCAACUCAACCCCAAAAAGGAAGAAAAAAAAAAGAAAAAACAGACACAUUACGUGAAGCCGAAGCGGAACAGUCUCAGUCCACCUCCCCGCAGGCUGCAGUCACUCAAGCAAGCCACACAACACACACACCACAAGAGCAGAAAUAUGUUCGUGGCAAUGCCGUGUGAGUGA